AUGGCGCCGCCCAACCUUACCGGUUUCGAUCCCAAGAAGUUCGCCGCGGCCGCCGGCACGCCCGCAAACGAUCCGUGGAAGAGACGUGAGGCCUGGAGGUACACCGGCCCCUUCUCGCGAUGGAACCGCUUCAAGAGUGCCUUCCCUGGACUCGGCAUUGCGACGGUUGCGUUCGGCGUCUACCUCGGAUACGAGGCCAUUUUCCUCAAGGACGACCAUGCUCACCACGGCGAGGGUCACCACUAG